UGAGCAGUGUGGAUCUUUCCUUUUUAAACAACCAAUUCAUUUCAGUUUCACUGGGGCGGAGCCAAGGCCCAGCAAGGCUGGGUUUUUUCUUUGGGCUGGAGGGGCCCUUUUGGGCAAGAAAAUAAUAAAAUUUGGGCAAACAUUUUUUAUGUGACUCUCUCGUCUCUCUCGUUUUCUUUCUCCCUUGACUGGCUUGCUCCGUUGCUCGCAUAGAGUCUCACCGGCACGGCGGCGCGGCACCGCAGAGAAUGAGAGGCUGAGGUGGAGCUGCGGAGGGAGGACAUUGCGGAGCUCCUUCUCAUUCCCAAGGUGACUAGGUAGUUUAUGUGGCAACCCAUUAAGCCCUAAAGCGAUGACAUCCAAACCCGCUUAACCCUUCCAGAAACCUGGCACUGAGGUUGAAAUCUUUUCCAAAGGUGACGAAGGCAUCCGCAUCUGGUCCGUCGGCAAGGUCAUCCACGGGAACCAUAGUCAUGUCAUGGUGGAGUAUACUUACUGCGAGCAAGGCACCAAUCCCCGGGUAGAAUUCGUGAGCAUUGACAAUCUCCGGCCACGCCCUCCGCUGAAGCCCCACCAUGACUUCAAGUCCGGCGACAAGGUGGACACCUACAACGACAAAGGCAGCUGGUUGGAGGGUCACAUAACCAGCACAUUAAGCGAUGGCAGAUCCUUCGUGUGUUAUAAUGACCCCAAUCAAAAGUUCUUGUUUCCCAAUGAGAAGCUCAGGGCGCACCAUGAAUGGAUCGAUGACCAUUGGGGGCCUCCAACACAACAACCAAAGAAGGCGGAACAGGAGUUGUUUAGAAAGGGCGACUGGGUUGAGGUUUCCAGUGACGUGGACGGUUAUCUAGAAACUUGGUUUCUUGCUGAAGUUGUUGAGGUAAGGGUACAAGGGAAGUUCAAGUACCUUGUUCGGUACAAGCAUUUACUGGAUGAUAACUCUCCCAAGUAUCUUGAAGAGGAGAUUGAUGCCCAACAUAUAAGGCCUCUUGCGCCCAAUACUAGAGAUGGUGAUGCUAAACUUGGACUAGUGGGCAAAGUUGAUACUUGGCAUAUUGGUGAUUGUGAUGCUAAAUAUAAACUAGGUGAUAGAGUUGAUGCUUGGUCUCUUUCGGGCUGGAGGUAUGCUAAGAUUAUUGAGGUUCAGAACGAUAACAUAUAUAAAGUUUUCUUGAAGGGUGACGAACAAGAAAAGGAUAACUUUGACCCCAUCACAUUGAGACGGCAUUAUGACUGGGUUGAUCGCAAAUGGGAAAUAGCUUCUCAGGGCAGCAGCUGUAGCUCUGAUGAGGAGUACGGAUUUGCUCAAAUUUAGAAGAUGCAGGCUUGAAAGAAUUGAUUUUUCAAUGAAUGCUCCAAUCUUAACUGUAUCAACUAAAGACCUGGAUAACUUUUACUAUUUUAUCAUGAGUGUAUCAGUCUUUGCUAAACUUGAUAGCUGCUAGUCUCUUAGGAUUCAUGAUAUUGAGGAAUUUCACUAGCGCUAGUUAGAAACUAGUUUCCCCACCAUUCCUCAAUGACUACUGUGGUUUUAACUGGUAUUAUCUUGACUAGUAUUCAAUUUUUCUGUUAUUGUUAUCAA